AUGGAAAUCGCUUACGAUUUCUCCGAGAUAUUCUCUCCGGAGCCUAUACAACGUCUCGAUCGUGCACAAUUAGUACGUUUCAAUCCGAGGAAAUUUUGGGCCGUACAGAAAGCAAUAGACACACUCGGACACCUAUCUACCGAGGCACAAGGUUUGAAGCGAAUUUUGACGACCUAUGAGAAGGUACUUAGCCAACCUGAAGAACAAUUCAUCUAUCUGAUGUGGCACCGUCACCCGAUCAAGCCUAUUGUGAUUGGUAUGUUGAAAGUCGGCAACAAGCAUCUCUACCUUCUCGAUGGAACACAACAACGAUACGAGGAAGAACCGCUGUGCAUUCUAGAUUUCUACAUUCACGACUCAGUUCAGCGUAGAGGAAACGGUCAUCAGCUCUUUGAUUAUAUGCUAAGGGUUCGUUCUGUUCAACAAAAUUUAGCGCGUCGAACAUGUGGGCGGGGCUCCACACAUCGUUGCGUGCUUCUCGUCGGUGCCAUAAAUGUUCACGUGCAAAACCGAGCCAAUGGGAAGUGCGCAAUGGUCGAAGGGGCCCCGCCCAGACACUCAUUGCGUUCAGUGCUAUUGGUCCUUGUUGUGAAUCAUUCAUUUGUCCUUCUACUGUAUGAAAAUCACUAUUGA